UUCUGGAUGUCAAUAUGCGGCUUGUUGCGGCGCUGGGGAAACAGAACCACUGGAAAGAUGUAAACCAAGCAACCUGCGAACACCAGCAUCCGCGAAGACACUGAACAUUUCCCCCGGAGAAACCGUAACUAAGACCCGACAAACGCAAACACAGCCACGGACGGCUCCCUGGGUCGUUACCUCCGAGACAGCGGAGCGUCUGCCUAAACGCAGCCAUCUUUUGUGAGAGAAUGUACGGGGCCUGCUCGGGCUCCGGUCGGGGCCGGAGUGUGCUGAUGCUGACUACCGCGCUCCUGUUCUCCGUUGUCGGGCUGCUGUCUGCGCUGCCCGGCGUCACCGAAGCGAAGGAAUGCGACAAAGCGUGCGUGAACGGACAGUGCAACGCCGCCACUGGCAGCUGUGUGUGCUUCCCCGGCUGGACCGGGGACCAAUGCCAGCACUGCGGAGGGAGAUUCAGGUUGACGGGACCCUCUGGUUUUCUGUCUGACGGACCAGGAAACUACAAGUACAAGACCAAGUGCACGUGGCUGAUUGAAGGACAGCCCAACACCAUUCUCAGAUUAAGAUUUAACCACUUUGCCACCGAGUGCAGCUGGGAUCAUCUCUACGUGUACGAUGGCGACUCCAUCUACGCUCCUCUCCUCGCCGCGUUCAGCGGUCUGAUUGUUCCUGAGCGCUAUGGGAACGAGACGGUUCCUGAGGUGGUGUCUCAGUCUGGAUACGCGCUGCUGCACUUCUUCAGUGACGCCGCCUACAACCUGACUGGCUUCAACAUCUCCUACAGGAUGAACGCGUGCUCCAACAACUGCUCGGGCCACGGAGAGUGUCGCGCUGGGACCGCCGGCCCUCCGGUGUACUGCGAGUGUGACGACAACUGGAAGGGAGAGGCCUGCGACGUCCCGUACUGUCUGGCCGACUGUGGCUCCCCCGACCGAGGUCACUGCCAGAACAAGACCUGCGUCUGCAUGGCCGGAUGGCAAGGUCCAGACUGCUCCGUUCCAGCACCUGCUAAUUCCUCCUUCUGGGGCAGGGAGGAGUACGCCGAGCCCGGGCUGGCCAGAGCUUCACACAAGGCCGUGGUGGACCAGGACAUCAUGUGGGUCGUCGGAGGCUACGUCUUCAACACCUCCGACUAUCAGAUGGUCAAAGCGUACAACCUGAGCAGCAGGAGGUGGCUGACCCUCGACCCCUCCGUCAACACCGUCACACCACGAUACGGCCACUCGCUGGCUCUUCACGAGGGAAAGAUCUACAUGUACGGGGGAAAGAUCGACUCCACGGGGAACGUGUCCAGCCAGCUCUGGGUCUUCUACAUCCAGAACCAGACCUGGGUCCUCCUGAGUCCCCGGGCCAAGGAGCAGCAGUACGCGGUGGUGGGACACUCGGCCCACAUCGUGCCUCCUCUCCAGGAGGGCGGCAGUGCCGUCAUGCUGGUUCUGUUCGGACACUGUCCUAUGUACGGUUACAUGAGCUCGGUCCAGGAGUACAACAUUGCCCAGAACACAUGGAGCAUGGUGUCCACAGACGGCGCCCUGGUGCAGGGCGGCUACGGCCACAGCAGCGUUUUCGACCCGGGCACCAGAGCCAUCUACAUCCACGGCGGCUACAAGGCCUUCAGCGCCACCAAGUACGGCCUGGCUGGAGACCUGUACAAGUUUGAUGUGGACCGGAGGAAAUGGAUGAUCCUGAGAGACAGCGGCUUCUUCCGCUACCUCCACACGGCGGUGAUAGUGAGCGGGGCGAUGCUGGUGUUUGGAGGAAACACGCACAACGACACGUCCAUGAGCCACGGCGCCAAGUGCUUCUCCUCCGACUUCCUGGUCUACAGCCUGGCAUGCGACGAGUGGACAGUGCUGCCUCGACCCGACCUCUACGGUGACGUCAACCGCUUCGGGCACUCUGCAGUCUUCAGUGACAGUGUGAUGUACGUGUUCGGCGGCUUCAACAGCCUCCUGCUCAGCGACGUCCUCAUGUACACGUCGCCCAGCUGCGCGGCCUUCUCCAGCUCGGCCUCGUGCAGCCAGGCCUGGCCGGGGAUCCACUGCGCGUGGAACAGCUCACUGGGAACCUGCCUGCCCUGGGAGAGCAACACGGCGGUGGCAGCAGAACCUCAGCAGAUUCCAGCCUCCUGCAACACCAGAUCAUAUGCUGAUAACGAGAGGUGUGACCAGUACACGGACUGUUUCAGCUGCACCGCCAACACCAACGGCUGUCAGUGGUGUUCAGCUCAGUGUGUUUCUCUGGGAAGCAACUGCACGUCUGCUUCGGGGGCGAUAGCAGAAGGGGACGUUUGCCCCAGAGACAACCCGUCAUACGUGUGCAACAAGAAAACCAGCUGCAAGAGCUGCGCCGUGGACCAGAACUGUCAGUGGGAUUCUCGCAACCAGGAGUGCAUCUCACUGCCAGAAAACGUGUGCGGUGAAAGCUGGCAUCUGGUGGGCAACUCGUGUCUGAAGUUCAUCACGGCCAAGGACUCGUACGACAACGCCAAGCUCGGGUGCAGGAGCAACAACGCCGUGCUGGCGUCGCUCACCACGCAGAAGAAGGUGGACUUUGUCCUGAAGGAGUUGCAGAUAAUGAGCGUUGUGUAUAAGGCCACAGUGACGCCCUGGGUGGGUCUGCGUAAAAUCAACGUGUCGUACUGGUGCUGGGAGGACAUGUCGCCCUUCACCAACACCACGCUGCAGUGGCUCCCCGGAGAGCCCAGCGACGCCGGGUUCUGCGGGUACCUGGCCGAGCCGGCGUCCAGCGGACUGAGGGCGCAGUCCUGCAUCAACCCGGUGAACGGCAGCCUCUGCGAGCGACCAGCCAACCACAGUGCCAAGCAGUGCCGGACGCCGUGUGCCAUGCGGACCACGUGCAGCGAGUGCACCAGCAGCAGCUCCGAGUGCAUGUGGUGCAGCAACAUGAAGCAGUGCGUCGACUCCAACGCCUACGUGGCCUCCUUCCCGUUUGGACAGUGUAUGGAGUGGUACACCGUGGACUCCUGUUUACCGGAGAACUGCUCUGGCUACCGCACAUGUGGUCACUGUCUGGACCAGCCGGGCUGCGGUUGGUGCACUGACCCCAGUAACACGGGGAAAGGCCAGUGCAUCGAGGGCUCGUACCGCGGGCCCUUCCAGACUUCAGUACCGGCCCCGUCCACCCUGCCUGGUCUGCCCCACAGCCCUCAGCCGGCCCUCAACGUCAGCAUGUGCCCGAAUGACGCCAAAUACAACUGGUCUUUUAUCCACUGUCCAGCUUGUCAGUGUAACGGUCACAGUCAGUGCGUCAACGAGAGCGUGUGCGAGAAGUGCGAAGACCUGACGACGGGCCGUCACUGCGAGAGCUGCAUUUCCGGUUUCUACGGAGACCCGACCAACGGCGGCAGCUGCCAGCCGUGCAAGUGUAACGGCCAUGCGAGCGUUUGCAGCCCAAACAACGGCAAGUGCUUCUGCACCACCAAGGGCAUCAAAGGAGAUCGCUGCCACCUGUGUGAAGUCGAGAACCGUUACCAAGGCAACCCCCUCAAAGGGACAUGCUACUACACGCUCCUCAUCGACUACCAGUUCACCUUCAGUCUGUCGCAGGAGGACGACCGCCACUACACCGCCAUCAACUUUGUGGCCACGCCCGAGGAGCCAAAUCGGGAUCUUGACAUGUUCAUAAACGCCUCAAAGAACUUCAACCUGAACAUAACGUGGGCCACGAGCUUCACUGCUGGAACUCAGACCGGCGAGGAGAUCCCCAUCGUCUCGCGCAGCAACAUCAAAGAGUUCAAAGACAGCUUCUCCAACGAGAACUUUGACUUCCGCAACAGCCCCAACAUCACGUUCUUCGUCUACGUCAGCAACUUCACAUGGCCGAUCAAGAUUCAGAUCGCCUUCUCGCAGCACAGUAACUUCAUGGACCUGGUGCAGUUCUUUGUCACAUUCUUCAGUUGCUUCCUGUCCCUACUCCUCGUGGCCGCCGUGGUGUGGAAGAUCAAACAGAGCUGUUGGGCGUCACGGCGACGAGAGCAACUGCUGAGAGAGAUGCAGCAGAUGGCGAGCCGGCCCUUCGCCACCAUCAACGUCGCCUUGGAGACGGACGAGGAGCCACCUGACCUUAUAGGAGGAAAUGUGAAGUCUGUCCCGAAACCAAUCGCCCUGGAGCCGUGCUUUGGCAACAAAGCCGCCGUGCUCUCCAUCUUUGUGCGGUUACCCCGGGGCACCGGAGGCAUCCCUCCUCCAGGACAGUCUGGUCUGGCGGUGGCCAGUGCGCUGGUGGACGUCUCUCAGCAGAUGUGCGUCGGCUACAAGGAGAAGUCCGGAGGCCUGAGGAACCGCAAACAGCAGCCCAGCGCACAACCGUCCACCUGCAUCUGACCACGCCCCCCCGUCCUCGUCCUCGUCCUCCGCCGCCAUUCCCAGCCCGACGCUCUCUACUCUUCUCCCAUCAGCCCCUCUGCCUCCGCCGCCCCCCUCCUGAACAGACUCCCCGCCAGGCUCCGCUCUGGCCGGGAGAAGUGCAUGCUGGGACACGGGACAGUGUUGAGAGGACAAGUCGUCCAGCGGACCGAGGCCUCCGUCUCCACGCCUGCAGGAACUUUUUUUCAUCCCCUGGAACUGAGUGACAGAAAGUGGACACGGAGGAAAAGGGGGGAGCAGGAGAGGGAGGGACAAAAGACACGGGUGCUUCCUCCACCUUUUCCCGUCAAAAAAAACAACAGACAUUUUACAUUUGUCGACACCGCCUUGUUAAUGUCGAGGCGGCCACGGCUUGCUGCUAGAAGAGAUCAUCAUCUCGUAGUUUUUUGAGAGAUCCAGAGACUUUGCCGCGCGUUGUGUUGCAGAGUCGUUUUACCUAAGUUAUUGUUUUUGUUCCUUUUUUUUCUUUUCGGUUUGUUUUUCUCGUGUUUAUCUGGAGGCAGGAGUAAACUGGACGUGUUGAGUUGCACACACAGGAAGACACAUCAGGGCUGUCGCUUUUCCCACCAAAAUCAAGUUGGAACAGAUAUUAUGUCGCGCGUUAUCCUGUUGCAAAUGUUGGGAUUGUAGUCGCCGCCGCCGCACAGAUCAGUCGCACAUUUGUCCGUUGAAUUCUCCACAUGUUGCGUUUUUUUCCCCGUUGCACUCGUGUCGCCGUUGUCCGCUCAGGAGGACGGUUUCGCUUGUGUGUCUUAUUCUUUCCAGGAGGACGUUCAGAGAGGCUCUAAUGCUGCGUUCACGCCGGCGUCACGCGACAAGUUUACAUACGAAGUCAACACACAGACGAGACUCUCGCAUUCGUCACGUGCGUUCCAGCUUGUCAGACUCUGAAAACGUAUAAUGUUUGUGUGUGGACACUUUACGCUCUGUCUCUCUAUCUCUUGUGGAGAAGAAACCACCGUCAUACGGAGGCGGACACCACUUGGCGAGUUUCACCGUUUACUCCUUUGGUUGAUGGCGAAAAGAAUUACACGUUAUUUAUGUUAAAAUGCGGCGACGAGAUGUACGCAAAAAAAAGAAACGGGCGCAAAGUGAUGCGAAAAAUCGCAUACGAUGGAAAUGCAGCAUUAGGGCAAGGUGUGUAACUACUUUAAAAUGUCUAAUGCCCUUCUAGACUGUUUUUAUUUAUUUAUUUACCUCAAAUGGGCUUUUAAGGUGAACUAUUUUUCCCCCAUAUUUGAAAAAUGACAGCCCUAACACACACGCACUCUCUCUUCCAGAAACCAGCUUCCCUGGCCCCUGACCCGUCUGUGACCCACUUUGUACACAGCUCCACUCUGAGGGCCGGUGUCAGCGCAGCAAACCCACAGCAUGUUCUGGCGUCCUUGUUUUUUUAAUGAAGAGCCACUGUAGGAGGCGAGCUGUGCAGCCAAAGACCGUGGAGAAAGGAUGUGACACUUUAAAACGGGCCUCCGUCUUCCUGUCUGGACAGAUCUCCCUCUCUCCCUCUGGCUUCAUGGCCGAGGACAAAAUAAGACCACAACAAACCGUCUCAUCUGGUGCUGGCGGCCCGGAUCGUAAACCUAUUGAAACUUUUCCAGCUAAAUACUCGUCCAGAUGCAGUGAAAAAGUGCCGUCCCCGCGCACGAAGCUCUCACAGUCGGCGGUGAGAAGCGUUUUAACGAUUGUCCCUCUGGCAGCGCCGCGCCCCGAGCUCCCGAGACUCAGGCGUCCGAUAGUGUGUGAGUCGAGGGCGGCGGUUCAGCGUCCCCUCUCAUCGUCGCCUAACAAAUCCAUGUCUUUGAGAGAUUGACCAUACCUCACAGAAGACCUCUGCUAUUCAUCACUAACGCCUCCUUUCUUUUGUAUCCUCUCUUUUCACAGUCAUCAUCAGAAAUCAGUGGUCCGGUUUUUUCAGAAGGAGAAAGCGUGAAGCAAAACAUAAGGCAGCGUUUAAAGAACAAACGAAAACGAGGGAACAGAAGUCGCUUGUUAAAAACAGAACUGUCACAUGAAACAGUGUUUUGUUGUUGUUGUUGUCGUGAAG